AUGCCUCCGAUCCGCUCCCGUCCUAUUCCACCCGACACCGCGGUGAACCCGCAGAAGCUCGUUCACUGCUUUCGGGCGGCGCAAGACGCGCUCUUUGCUCGCGCCGCACACUACGCCAACCUCCGCGACAAGGAGGGAGCGGCGCGUAUCGGGUUGCUCAUGGUCGGCCUCCAGGAGUGGAUCGAUACCUGGUGGAACGAGCACCUCUUCCACAUCGACGUUCGCAUCAGAUCUUCGGAACCGCCUUUCGCUAGUAAUCGCGCUCUGCGGUACAAUUUCUGCACUUGGUGGCUGUUGAACGAGACCCAACAAGCAGAGAUCGUCGAAUGGUUGACCGAUUUGAGCAGGAGUAUCAGACGAGGCGAGUUUGAUCGGGCGGACACCCUUCCUCCUUUCAAGGAUCUCCGCCUCGCUACCCCCAUCUACGCCGUCCGCGAGCGCGACGCAGGAACUCCUCAGGGCCAGCUGUCGACUCGUCUUGGCACGGCGUCGGUGACAAAGGCGAUGAACUGGGAUGACCGCUUUUGGGAAAGACGCAUACAAGGAGACGGAGUAUACGGGCAAGUCGUCCCUCCCGUAACUCGCUUCUCCUGGCGCAAGGUUGCACAGGUGCUCAUGAGCACUCACGACCGAGUGACGCAGGAGGGCCUCAGCAUCGAGAACUUCGUCAGCUGGGGUCAGGAAUGGUGGACACAGCUGUUCCAGGCGCACGAGGGCAAGCCAUACCUGGCGUUGUGGUUUUGCUUGACCGUGCAGCAGCAGGGUGACGUCGUCGACUUCCUCAAGACCCGCUGCGACCAUUUGCGAACGCACGGCGAGCAGGCACUCGUAAAUCCUUCGCGCUAUGUCGCGCUUCAACAAGCUGUCGCUUACCGGCUCGCUUGCAGACUCCUUUCGAUACUUCACCCUUGGCAUUCGACCUCGAGGAUUCGCGCUCUCACGUCGCCACGAAGCGCCGCCUCGGAUCAACAUGCGCUUAUCAAAACGACGUCCGAGGGAUACGACCACGAACCGCCAAUGCCUGCGUGCCUCGCCUCGUCCGCACACUCGCUCGGGUCCUCUCUCCUCAACAAUUUCAGUCACCGCCAGCGCGCCAUCUAUGCCUUCUAG